GCACAAAUAAUUUGUCUCUUGUAGUUUCGGUGUCCAAUUCCCAAUUUUUAGCAUUCAUUGUUUCAAAAUGGCGUCUGUCAGAAAAUCGUCUAGGUCGAAGAGCUAUAUAAACACUGAUUCACCUUUCGCAAAGAGAUUAAAAACAAAUAGUCCAUCAUUAUUGCCAACACCAGUGACUGUUGUAGAAGAAAAUGAAAGUUUUACAAUACCAGAUGCAGAGGAUGCAGAACUUAUAGUAGAGGAAGUGGUGGUAACUGAAGAUGUCAAUACUUGUAUCGAAGAUUCCCAGCCAUUGUCAGAUAGUCUAAAUGACUCUCUAACACUUGUUCAGACCACGAUCUCUGCCCCUGGUGGACAGUUGCUGUCUGAAGACACCACAGACUUUGACCGGCCCAGCUCAGCAUUUAUUUUCAAAGAUCCUAACUUUGUGCAUUCAAGUAAAGGUAUUGGUGGCAAUAAGAGAAUCAGAGUUUGGAAAAAUUUGAAGCAAAUUGUUACUGCCGAGAGAGCUUUACCUUGGGGUCCAGAUGCUGUGACCUAUGGUUCCAUUGAUGCGCCACCAUCAUUUAGACCAGCCAAAAAAUAUUCUGACAUAUCAGGUCUAGAGGCCAAGUAUACAGACCCACAGACAAAAAUGCGAUUUAGCAAUGCAGAUGAGUUCAGAAGGGUGAAACUCCUACCCAGUGAUAUUAUAGCUGGGUGUCUUCAACUGCGGAAAGCCAACACAUUGAUUCCAUAAAAGUUUCUCUUGUUUGUUUUAUUUGUUAAAGAAAUGAGUAAAAAUUUAAUUAUAUA